UUAUGACGCGUUAAAGCUGAUAUUUUAAGACAUUAUGUUAAAAAAAAACACAGUUUGGGAGAAAAUGCAACAUGUCCAAUUUCUAAGUUUUUUACCAACGCAAACGUUGCAAAGUACCGGGGGAGACCCGUGGAACCUGUUCUUGGAUCCAGGUUGCACCCGAGAAGGAGAGACGUUACUACUGAGUCUCCGUUUUGGUGGGAAGCUCGUACUUUUUUCGACAGCUACGCCCAAACAGGAGGAAAAACACAAUGUAGCAGCCUCCACAUACAUACUGUCGGAUUUGAAUGAGAAAAAUGAAGUACGUGUUUUCUUCUACGGCGAAAAACAGCCAAAACGCUGCCCAAUUUUAAUGCCUUAUCUGCAUCAACACACUCCUUCUAUGUACACGACUGAUUACCACAAUAUGUUUAAAGGCCUUCGCUUUGAGUCAACGACUCCUCCGAGAUCAUACGGCGUGUCUGUAGGGGUUGGUAGCAAAAGACGCCUUUUAAUGAAUGCGGUUCUUUGUUCGUGUUUUCUUUGUUACCGGUUCACCGAAAUGAUUACGGCGGUGUAGCAUCAACUCGCUACAGUAGGCUACUGCGAUUUUUCUCGCUGUGUGGCCAUGCGAGGAAUUUGGCUAUUUGUAGAGGAAUUCUUCGCUUUCUCUUGGCAUUAGCUCUGCUGUGGAUUCAUGGCCAACAGUAACAACAUGCUCGUGGCCUCUGCUGUGGUGGUUUGGGAAUGGCUGAACGAACACGGUCGGUGGCGGCCCUACAGCCCGGCCGUCUCCCAUCAAAUAGAGGCGGCCAUUCGGAGUGGAGAUAUCCGUGGGGGGAGCGUGGUCCUCGGCCAGGUGGAGAGUCGCCUCUCUCCGUACAUCAUUGAUCUCCAAUCCAUGCACCAGUUCAGACAAGAUACAGGAACUAUCCGUCCAGUGAGGAGGAGUUUUUAUGACCCGGCCUCAGCCCCAGGACAAGGCUGGCAGUGGGAGUGGGAAAAUGAUGCAGGUUCUUGGACACCGUAUGACAUUGAGGUGGCGAUAGCCAUCGACAAUGCUUAUAGCCGCCAGCAGCCCUGCCUUGACCUGACAACCCUCGGCUUCUGCUACCUCAUUGAUUUUCAGAACAUGACACAGGUGAAUAGACAGAGCCAAAGGUGCCGAAGGAUUCAGCGACGUGUUGACACACCCUAUCCACUGGUGUCUGGGCCUCUUCCAUUGCCAAAAGGAGGAAGUGGAGGUGUAGGAGGGGGAUUGACAGGUGCCCUGCUAGGUGUUGGGGUAUCAGGGGCCAGCAUGGGAACUGGAAGCUCUGUCUACCCGAAUGGGGCCAUAAUGACGACUGGACUGGGCCAACCUUGCUCCUGCCAGCAGUGCAUGCUUGUCUUUAGUGUCAAAACCAACACUGGAGGAGCAGGACGCUCACUAACCAUACAGCGGCCCAAGGCUUCAGCACUCACUGCCUCAAAACCCUUGAAUCCACCCAAAUCAGCCACCCUGGGGCGUGGACAGCACUUGAAGUCCAAUGGCAACACCUAUCAAACGCUACCACAUGGCCUUGCCAUCUCGAAAAACACUGCAUCUCCAAGAAGGAAUGCCCAGCUCUUUGCUCAGUCUCUAGCUGUGCUCACAACAGGGACUUCCAUGCUUGGCAUUUCCUCAUCUUCCAGGCCUCCUCCUCCGUCACUGCCGCCCCCUCAGCCACCAUCAUCCAAUAUGACUGUGAAUCCUCCGCCUGUUCCAGCCAAACAGUCUUCAUCUUCAGCCAACGAAUCAGUGCCAACUGCCACAUUAAUUACCCCGGCUAACACGGUGACCACACCCCCAUCCCCUGUGCCAUCUCCAUCUCCAGCAGUAAUGAAGCCACAACGUGUGCCAUCAUCCGCAUCCAAAGUUUGCCAUGCCCCGCUACCGCAGAGAUCAAGCUUAGCUGGACUGAGUAGACCAGCGUUGCAAAGGAUUGCCAUGGCCCAGUCGAGAGCACUAAUAGCGUCGGGUGUGCCUACUGUGCCCGUGAAGAAUCUCAACGGAUCAAGCCCUGUUCACCCUGCACUGGCAGGGAUCACGGGCAUUCUGAUGAGUGCUGCUGCUCUGCCCGUGUGUCUUACAAGACCUCCGAAACUUGUACUACACCCUCCUCCUGUCAGCAAGAGUGACAUCAAACCAGUGCCAGGCUUUGGCCACUGCUGCAGAAAGACUACCAAGAAGCAGGCUCGUAAGGGUAAGACUCCAGAAGAUGUGGUUAAGAAGUACCUGCAAAAAGUCAAGAGUCCACCAGAUGAGGAUUGUACCAUAUGUAUGGAGCCUUUAGGGGGUCCUUCUGGAUACAAAGGUCCAGGGGUGGGACCUGUUUCCAGAGCAGAAUCUGUUGGACGACUAGCGCAAUGUGGACAUCUGUAUCAUUUCCAGUGUCUGGUGGCCAUGUAUAAUAAUGGCAACAAGGAUGGCAGCCUUCAGUGUCCCACCUGUAAAACAAUCUAUGGUGUAAAGACUGGAAACCAACCAGCAGGGAAGAUGGAGUACCACAUCAUCCCUCACUCACUACCGGGGCAUCCCGACUGCAAAAGCAUCCGCAUAAUCUAUAACAUCCCACCAGGCAUCCAGGGUCCAGAGCACCCGAAUCCAGGGAAGCCCUUCACAGCCAGAGGCUUCCCAAGACACUGCUACCUCCCAGACAGUGACAAGGGACGCAAGGUAUUGAGACUGCUCCUGGUAGCAUGGGACCGCAGGUUGAUCUUUUCAGUUGGGACUUCAAGCACUACAGGAGAAUCUGACACGGUUAUAUGGAAUGAGGUCCACCACAAAACAGAGUUUGGCUCUAACCUGACAGGUCAUGGUUUUCCUGACCCUGGACACCUGGACAAUGUUCUGGACGAGCUCCGCGCUCAGGGCAUCACAGAAGAUGACGGAUUGACAGAAAAGUGAUCACUUGUGCAACCGGGGAUGACAUUGAUGAGACACUUUUUUGAGGGAAAUGAAAUAGAGAAGAGGAAUGGAAAAGGAAAAGACGUCAGUCUGGCACUAUUUAAAAGGGGUGCAGCAAACAUUUGGAGCAUUUUUGUUAAAAAAAAAAAAAAGACUUUAAAAAAUAUUGUUUCUGGUACUUUUCCUGUCAUCGUCAUUCCAAUACUGGAUGGAUAAAUCCUCAUUCAAGGAAUGAGUAGAUGGCGGAAGAAGGUGUUAUUUGCUACUCAGGAUCUACAAUAGGUACUAACAGUCUACGAGUGGAGUGAAAUGGUACUAAUAACAAAGAACAAAAACAAGUUUUACUUUACUGAGUGCAGUAGUAGAAGAUGGUAUGUUUGAGCAGGGAAAAAAAAUGGAAGGGGCCAAGAAAGAGAGAUGUCUGAUGCAGGGGAGAGUAAUGCAGGAAAACGGUGGCCAGCCGCAAGAGAGAACAAGGGUUUCUGAAUGUAGUGUAGGAUAAGAGUAAAGCUAACUUGUAUGGUACUUCACAGUUGCUAGUCUGGGCACCAUAAACAUGACAAAAAUCCAUCAAGAAUAAUGGCCAAAUGGUGGGUUGGAAGUGAACCCCCCUUUACUCUCCUUUGGUUUGUGUCUUGUCAAUGACGCGUUGCUAUGUUGCUCCCUCUUGUGGUUUUUAUGCUGGACUACACUCAGCCUGAAAGUCCUGAAGGCACAUUCAUGUUGCCACCGAGCGGUGGUUCUCACCAUUGUCACUGUAUUGCUUAACUUUUUGGGGACCAAGCGGAGCACAGUUGUCAAUGUGUAUUAAAUGACAAACAACUCAACCAAGGACCUUUCCCCUGACCGUCUUUUGUGUCCUACAAAUGACAAGCUGAGGUACUUGCAAACCUUCAUUACUCGAAGAUACCAGAAUUGAUGUGUAAAUCCUCGAAUAUGUGUUGAAAUGAAUGAAUAUCUGGACUGUAGUUUUAUUUCCUCCUGUGCGACCGCUUGCACUCAUCCAAUGAGAUAUCUUUGGAGCACAAUGUGUUUUUUUUUUCCCUCUGCUGACAGCAAAUUAGCAUAUUCGAUACUGUGAGAUUUUCAUUCCGCACAUUUCUUAUCACUUUCGCUCUUUCAGCAGCAAGUGAUCAUGCACUGCCCGCCCACUUCCUGUUUUGGGUCUGUCUGGUAUCUUCACGGUUCGAGUGAGUGCAUGUGUGUUGCGAGAGAAAAGUUGUGUACAGUUUAUACCGCCAACAUGCUCUUAAGUCAAGAGUAUUUUUAUUUCUUUUCUAUUUUCUGUAGUCAUGAUAUCGUUUGGAAACUUAAAGAAUGACGAGAAUGAUAACUCAUUGUAUUUUUUUUUCAACUCGUAUGCUUACAGGUUAUUAUGUUUUACUCCUGUUAUUAUGUCUUAAUGUGAAGUGUAGCGGCAACUUUUAUGUACAAUAGUAAGGUAUAUUCCUGACAUGAUCAUAG